AUGAAUGGUACUAAUUUCACUACUACAAAUAGUAAUAUAACUACUACUAAUAAUAAUAAUAAUACUGCUAAUGACCACGAAAACUAUUACGAUAUAUCCAUAACAUCGACCCACAUCCCAAUAAAUUUUCGGAAAUUGAAUUAUCUGACUUCAAGUAUAACUAGUUCAACCAAUCAGAAGAAAAAACUUACAAUCACAACUACUCCUAUAAAUUCAGCUCCAAAAAGAGUGGUAUCUUUAUCAUCAUUAAAUUCUUUAAAUGAAUCAAAACGUCCUGGAGAUUAUUAUAUUCAAAAGUUAUCAAAUCAAAAUCAGAACCAGAACCAGAACCAGAACCAACAAACUCAAAAGCCAAAUGGUCCUUUACCUUCUUUACCUGAUAAUAGUAUUAGUAUUAAAUCGAAUACUGCUGGUCCAGUAAAGAUUAAUCGACCUAUUUCAGGAGAAUCAUUAGUAUCAUUUUAUUCUGAUGAAUCAUCAUCUAUACUAUCUUCACAAUUUGAUCAUCCAAUUUUAGAAUCAGGUGCAGUAGAUUCAAGAUUAAAUUCUUUAACUAGUACUUCUAUAGGUCCAUCAUCAGCUUCACCAUCAAUAUUUAAUGGUAGUUCAAAGUAUAAUCUGAUAACCAUUGAUAAUGAUGAUGAUGAUGAUGAUGAUCUUAAUGAUGAAAUCGGUAGUACCAUUAGUUCAGAAGAUAUAAGUAAUACCACCAUUAAUGUAUCAACUCCCAGUAAACGAAUAAUUGAUAACAAUAAUAUUAAUAAUUACAAUAGCAAUAUGAAUAACAACAAUAACAAUAAUAUCAAUACUAAUCUUCCUCAUAAGAAUUUGAAAUCAUAUUCACUAUCCAAUAUCCACCAUUUGAAAAGUUCUAAUUCCAAUUCAGUCACACCUAUUCUAAGAUCAAAGACUAGAUAUAUAAGUUCUAAAGAAAUUAAAGAACGUCAAUUAUUGAGAAAGAAGAAGUAUGAUGAAAAUGAUAAUGAAGAAGAGAUCUUAUCUAAUGAUCUUGAUAAUUUGGUAUUUAAUGUCCCUGUUAUUAAGAAUCAUGCUGAAUUAUAUAUGAAGAAUUCAUCACGGAAUCAACAUAUUGCUGCUCAUCAAGUUAAUCUUCAUAGUUUAUUAACUCGUAAUGAUUUAAUUACUGAUAUUGAUAAGUAUAAUACCACUGUAAUUACCAAUACUUCAGUUAGACCAUGUCCAUUACCUGGUAGAUUAGGUUCUCAACCUGAUCUAUCGAGAAUUUCUCCUUCCAAUUCUAGAAGAGGUAGUAAUGGAUCAAUUGGAGGUGGUAAUAAUUCUAUAAUUGGAAUGACUAAUAUAACUCAAGAAAGUAUUAUUGAAGAAGAUGAUACUACUGAUGAUUUUGAUAGUACCAUUAAUUCCAGUGCAGGUAAUUAUACUAAUGAUGAUAUUGAAAUCACUCAAAACAUUAGUCAAUAUUAUAAUCAACGAUCGACGUCAUUUUCAAAAUUAAUUAAAUUAUCAAGAGAUCAAACGGUUAUGUAUAAAUUACCCAAUUUCAUUAAAUCUCAAUCUUCAAUGGAAGAUUUACAUUUAAUAUCGACUGAAAAAUUAAAUCUCAUUGAUCAAACUCGGCCCAUUAAUUUACCUCCUAAAUCAACGGGAGAUAAGUCAAAGCAUAAUCGAGAAUUUAAGAAAGUUUUAAGUAAUUAUGAAUUAAAUACGAAGAAUUUAAAUGAUGCACGAUUAAAGACAUCACAAAUUCAUAUCCAGAAUCAACAACAAUGGAUAAAAGUAGUUAAUAAUUUAAUUAAUGAAGAUAAUAAUAAAGAAUUCAAUCAUAAAUUUGAAGUGGAUAAAAAUACUAUUAGAAAAUUAGGCUGGGAUUCGAAUAUACCUGCCAGUUUAAGAUUUGAAUUUUUUCUUAAAGUAUUAUCUAAUAAUAAUAAUAGUCAAGAUUCAAUUAAUACUAUAAAUAAUUCAUUUAAAUUAUUCGAAGGUAAAUAUAAGAAAUUACUGGAAUCUAUUAAAACUAAUAAAGAUUUUGAAUUUACUAAAAUUAUUGAGAUGACAUUGAAUCGACCAUUAUUUACUUCAAUACUUAAAGUAUUAACAAUUGAAGAUCAACAACUAUUUAAAUCAAAUUUUAAGUAUCUUUUAUAUAUUAAGUCCUUAUCGGAAUUUGGAUUAUCUAAACAUGAUGAAAUGUUUUUAAUUCCAGUCUUAUUACUUUUAUUUGAAAAGACUCAAUCAUUACAAGAUAUUUAUUGUUUAUUAGAAUUAAUGAAUCAACAAAUCUUUACUCGAGAAUUCUUAUCUCAUUUAAAUAAAUCUUUGAAUAAUUGGACAAGUAUAAAUAAUUAUUCUUCAAGUCAUUAUCUUUAUAAAUAUUUAUCAAGUUUUGGUGGUCAUGAAGAUUUAAAGGAAUUUGAAAAUUUAAGUUCUACGGGAUUUUUUUAUAUAUUAAGUCAAUUAAAUGAUCAAUUACCUUUAAGUAUGUCUGCUCCUUCGACUCCAAUUCUUAGUCAAUCAGCUCAAUUUACAUUUGCUUCAUCUCCAACCUUAUCUAAUUUCUCGAAUUCCAGUUUUACUAAUAUAAACCUUGCCAAUUCUGGUACUAGUACUAGUACUAGUACUAGUUCUGGUACUGGUGUUAGUACUAGUACUGGUUCUACGGUUAGUGAUAUAAAUUCUUCAGUAUUACAAGUACUAAUUAAAUUAUUUCAAAUCUUAAUAAUCUAUUCGAAUUCUUUAAAAUCAAAGGAUAAGAAUAAUUUAAAAGUUAUUCAAACAUUUCUUAUGACAAUAUUCCAAUAUUAUCAUAUAGGAUGGAAUAAUUAUCAAGAAUUAAUCAAAUCCAAUAAAUCAAUUAAGUUUAAUAAAAGUUUGGAUCAAGUGGCUAAUCUUGAUUCUUUUGUUGAUAAAUGGAAAGAGACAUUUAAACGAUGUUAAGUACUUUUAUAGUUGUUAAAUAUAUACAUACAAAUAUUCUACAUAUCCAUAUCUAUAUCAAUUUCAUCGGGAUUGGUAUUGGUAUUGGUAUUGG